GAGAGUAGGCUAUUUAUCGCUUUGACUGUUCUACAUCUUGCCUCGCCGUGCACCGCAGUCCGCCGCACUACCAGCGCCGGCGCUUACCGUCGUUACCGACGCAGCCUCGCCUACACUACACCCUCGAUCCUUCCCCAACCACCACCGCAGCAAAUACACCGCCGCGGCGCCGCGCCUCUUGGAGGCUUCGACGCGCGCCCAAAAAGCGACCGCGGCUUCCCGUUCCCGAACACCACCACCCCUCCCCCGAAUCGAAUCCAAUCAAAUCCAAUCGAAUCGCCUCUCCGUCCUCCGCGGCGGCGGGCCGCCAUGCCGCUGCCGACGAUGACCCACUCCUCCUCCUUCCUCCGCCUCCCCGCCACCUCCUCGCCGCACCCGCCGCCCGCGGAUGAUGCUUCCGCGGCCUACGCCGUCGUCGUCCUCAACCAGCGCCUGCCCCGCUUCGCCCCCCUCCUCUGGGACCGCGCGCGGCUGCGGGUGUGCGCCGACGGGGGUGCCAACCGGGUGUUCGAUGGAAUGCCGGAGCUGCUGCCCGCCGAGGACCCGGACCAGGUCCGCAUGAGGUGACCGAUAGUUUCCAGCUUUAUUUAUCCCCCCCCCCCCCCCCCCCCCCCUACUGUUCUUUGUUUGCAUGUGUCCUCUCCUCGCGCGUUUUGAGUCAGGCUUGGCGGUCAUGAUGGAAUGCGUGGGAGGCGAGUGAAUCUUGUUUUCGUUAGUAUUUCAUUAUGCAGAGGAGUGAAACUGUAAAUGUUGUCAUGGAAGCGAGUACUGUCUAGCUGAACCAGAUACCACUAGUUAAGUGUUAUUUCUCGAUAUGUUUAUCUCCCAUGCUUUACAUGUUUCCGUUAUUAUAUGUUUAAGCAAAUGCUGAAGUUCCCCUGAUAUGUUCAAGUUGAGUAAUUUAGUAUGCAACACCUUAUAGAUGUUAAUUUCCUGUUGGGUUAUGGUUUAGUGCUUUAGCUAACGAAGUGCUCUUUCAUUUGAUGAACUCUGUUAAAAGUUUUGUUCUUAUCUGCAUGAUUGCUAGUUUUGUUUUCGGUGAGCUUAGAAUAACAUUCUUAAAUUAGCCGAAGUUGCCCUCACAGACCUGAAUGUACGCGAUAUUGCGCCAAAGGCUAUCUGAAGCCACACAAAAUUACUCAAAAUCUGGGAUGAACUACAGGUCUAAAGCAGCUUCAACUUGUGUCUUCUUCACUAUGAACUUUUUUUUCCUAUCUUUGGUUGCCAAAGGUUUGGGAGACAUUUAUGCAUCCAACAGAGGAGCAUGGCUAGUUGAUUUGCCAUACCUGGUAGUUGGCAAGAGACUGUUUUCUUUAAAUUGUUGGUUGGGUUUAAAGACAGCUUCUUUGUUGGGUGUUCAUAUAUUUAUUAAUUUGUGCUCAUCUUCCUGCAGGUACAAGCCAGAUGUGAUCAAAGGGGAUAUGGACUCAAUAAGGCCAGAAGUGAAGGAAUAUUAUUCCAAUCUGGGUGCCGAAAUAGUUGAUGAAUCACAUGAUCAGGACACCACUGACCUGCAUAAAUGUGUAUCAUUUAUCACCAGAAAUCCACCUGGCUCUGAAGAGUCUAAUCUGUAUAUUCUUGUUCUUGGUGCACUUGGAGGAAGGUUCGAUCAUGAGAUGGGGAACAUCAACGUGUUAUAUCGCUUCUCAAACAUCAGGAUUGUCCUCCUGUCUGAUGACUGCUCAAUCUUUCUGCUCCCAAAGACGCACAGCCACGAGAUCCAUAUCGAGCGAUCAAUCGAGGGUCCUCAUUGUGGAUUGAUUCCAAUGGGUUCACCAUCGGCUAGCACUACCACCACAGGGCUCCGGUGGAAUUUAGAUAAUACUAGCAUGAGCUACGGUGGACUGAUAAGCACAUCUAACAUCGUGGAAGAGGAAACAGUUAGGAUCACUUCAGAUUCUGAUCUGAUUUGGACAAUAUCACUCCGGAACUGAGCUUUAAAUUACCCAUAAAUGUAUCUUGAUCCAAAUUUUGGCUCCUUAGUAUAGCAUGGAUGGGCUACAUUUUUGUAACUUAGAUUUUUUUUUCACUGAUCUACUGUUAGUAAACAGGAAAGGUAUCCAUAUGUGUAAGCCUCUUGGACAUGCAUCCAUUAUAGAAAAAAAUAUUAUUAACUGUGUUGUUCAAUUCUCA